AUGAGCGGGGCCAAGGCCAACCCACAGGACUUCGACUCCCUCAACAGGUCACUCAAACGCUCUGUGGACCUGCGGGACUCGACCAAGGCCAUCCUGCGGGCCUCUGAGAAAUGGAACGAAGCCGGACGAUCGUACUCUGUGGAUAUGACGGACUUUGCGGAGAAGAUGCUCAAGUUUGUAACGUUUGUGGAGACCAACGAAGAGCUUGUGACCAUUCUCAGAUAUUUUGGAAAGACCAUGAAAGCCAUAUCACAAGAGGGGAACCAAAUGAUGGAACGGUGCGGGCGAGACUUUAGCGAACCAUUGGCACAGUUUAUCGAAAACGACUUCAUAGCCACAGCGGAAGCGAAAAAGAGAGUGGACAAGGCUAUGUCCGAGUACGAGAGCACACUGGCCAACGUCAAGGGAGGAAUCACGAAACACAACGCCAUCGACCAGUCGCGGCUGAUCGAGUUCACGCAAGAAAUGGAGCGACUACGGGAGGGACUCAACCAAAAGAGGGCCGAUCUGGCGUCGCGGCUGGACAAGAUCGACGUGAAGGUGGAACAGAAGCUGCUCAGCUACCUCUACGAUCUUAUGGCUUCCCAACACCAGUACUUCAUUCGGGGCUGUGAGAUCUUCAAGACGAUCAAGCCGCGGAUGGACCAGAUGAAGCUGCACAUCGACCAAGUGGCGGCCACGCGAGAGAAGGAGGUGGUGUCGACGAAGGAGGGGUAUCUGCUGCACAUGAACGAGAAGAACCGGGUGAAGAACAAGUGGAUGCGAAACUGGUACGUCCUGCGGGACGGCCUCUUCUAUUGUAAAGUGGGAAAGGAGGUGGACAACGACAGUGUGUUGGAUAUAGUGCUCUGCACCGUCCGAGUCCCGGCGAGGUCGAGAUCGGGCGUGGGGUUGAAGGAGGCGGCCAAACACAAGUUUGAGAUCAUGACGCCCGGAAAGAAGAAGCCCAUCGUGUUCGCCGCCGAAACGGAAGGCGACCGAAAGGAGUGGGUGGCAGCCAUCCAAGAGGCCAUCAGCCAAUCCCUCAACUCACAGUCUAGCCCGAGAGUAGGGACCCCGCCUCCGGUCCAGAGCGCCGGCGAAAACCGCGGGAGGCUGGAGCGCCACAUGUCCUUCGGCAGCGGCACCACUACCACCACCGCCAGCACGCACGACCAGGAGCAGAUGCGAUACCUCAACAUCCUGCGGUCCGUUCCCGGCAACGACGUGUGCGCCGAUUGCAGAAGCAAGGAACCGGAGUGGGCUUCGAUCAACCUGGGCAUCCUGAUCUGUCUGGAGUGUUCGGGAGUGCACCGAAGCCUGGGGACGCACAUCUCCAAGGUCCGGUCUCUCACCCUAGACAAGUGGGACCCCGAGCUGCUCAUCAUGAUGAAGUGUCUGGGCAAUACGAAGUCGAACAAGCUCUUUGAGGCUGCCAUGUCCUCGAACGUGGUGCCCCACCUGAGCAGGAUCACGCCCGAGUGGCGGAGAAAACACAUCAAGGCGAAGUACGCCGAGAAGGUCUAUUUCACCCCGACCACCUCCACGCCGGAUGAGCUAUCCGAGGAGUUGUACAGUUUGGUAUCCAACAAGGAGGACGCAUUCAACGUGGCCAAGUUCAUCAUGCUGAUGUACCAGGGAGCCAACGUGAACUGGCCCAAUUCCAACCACGAACACAAAACGCCACUGCAUAGAGCGGUGGAGCUGGACAACAUCGUCUACGUGGAGGCGCUCACCCAGAACGGAGGAUCGCCAUUUCUGCUGGACGACCGAGGGUGGACGGCCAUGCACUACGCGGCCUACUUCAACCACGUGCGGUGCCUCAGCCUGCUGCUCAAGCGCGGGUGCAAGGGCAAGAACGACCUGCUGCUCGACACCGAGGGUCGCACGACCCUGCAGGUGGCCGAACAGUACCGAGCACUGGACUGUGAGCAACUUCUGCGAGCGGAGAGCUUGCAUACACCGAAGACGCGAGAGGCCAAUGGGAAGCACCACGAGAAGAACGGCGCUGCGGAGGCGGCGGGUGGGGUGCUGGGGUCGGCCCGCAGCGAGAGCGGGGGCGAGCUGACCGCCGACGCUUCGGGGGACGAGGCCAAGGUGGAGGCCGGCGGCGGCGGCGGUGGCGACGACGAUGACGGGGAGACGAGCACACGGGACCAGCGGAACUCGGAGCUCGACCUGCGGAACCGAACGCUCAUGACCGUGGAGGACGUGGAGAAGGAGCGGUGCUGGGAGUGCCUCCAGCACUUUCUCGGGCUGCCCAAGAAGGAUCUGCCGGAGGUGACCGAACAGGGCAAGUUGCUCGCGCAGGCCCUACGGGAGCCGCAGAAGAGCAAGGGCAUCACCCAGUCGGGGUCCGAUAUCGCCACCCGCAACCAGAGCUGGGCAAGUGACGACUCGGUGCGAACCAGUUCGAGCGAGUCCAAAGACACGAAGCGAACACGACGGCUCAGUCUCAACCUCAGUCUCAUCAGCGCGGUGCACAAGGGGCCGUCGAGGAAGUCGGGCCGGGAGAACGGCGCCAGCGUGGUGAAGACGGCCAAGGGGUCCAGCGCUGCGGCCUCGCCGCAGCCGCAGCCGGUGCAGUCCCUGAGCCAGUCGGCCAACAUUCCGGCGGUGAGCCAGAUCCACCACCAGGGGCAGCAGCGGGGAAUCAACCGAGCGGCGACGUCGCUCGGCCUCAGCGGCGCCUCGUCUUCGGCGCAGAACCCGAACGCCAUCCAGCCGUGGUUGCAGGAGGACUACUGGGAAGACUCCUCCAAGACCUCCACCGACGAAGACGACGAUGAGGAGUACGUGGAGAGCGCCGACUCGGACCCGGUGCCGGGCGGCUUGCGAAAGGCGAGUUCGGUGGACGCGCUACCGAUCUCGCCCAAGAACAACCAGGUGCAGCAGCCGCACCACGGCGGGGAAGGCGGGGCCGACGGCAGCGGCUCGACGCGCGCGUCGCCCAAGACCUACCUGGGCAAGCUGCACGCCUCGCUGUCCUCGCUCCCCACCACCUCAUCAUCGGCUGGCCAGACUCCCGCCGUCGUCGUAUCGCCGCCCUCACGUGGGACCAACAUCUUCAUGCGCCAGCGAUCCAGCGGCCCGUCGUCGCCCAAGUCGCCCUCAUCGCCUUCAUCUCCGUCAUCGUCUUCAUCAUCAUCGUCAUCACUGCUGUCGUCGUCGCCGCCGACCAACGCCGGCGGGACCUCGGUGGCGGGCAUGCUGGCCGAUGCGCGCAAGGAGCGGAAGACCAAGAAGCCCGUCGCACCGCUGGACUCGAUUCUGACGCCCAACAGCCCAUCGCGGACGGGCAGCUGCAUCGUGCCCAGCCCGCGACACGGCUCGCCGCCGUCGGCCCCAUCGCCGCUCGCCGCCAUGAGCCACCGCUCGUCGUCGCUGCGCAACGCCCUGUCCAUCGGCGACAUGGCGUCGUCGCCGCCCAAGUCACCGUCGUCGGUCCUCUCGGGCGGCUCGCCGCCCGAUCAGCGGCGGCCCUCCGGCGGCAGCCUGUCGAAGGCGACGGCGCGCAAGGCGAUGACGUCAGCCAUGACCUACGACUAUAGGGGCGACGAUGCGAUGUCGUCGACCAUCGGCUUCAAGCCGCAGAGCGACAGGAAGCUGUGGAAGAAGGAGGACAGCAAGCUCGACCGUAAGCAGAGCAUGAGCUUCGAUGAUGGUCUAAGCGGCGAGGCCGACAACAUGAGCGUCGAUGCGUACGAGGCGACCGCCAGCGUGCCGACUCGACCCACCGGCCCUCCGAUUCCCGCCGCCAGCGACAGCCCCAGCAGCCCGAGCAGCAGCAAGAAGGAACCGCCAGCCGGCGACACCUCGGCUGGCCCGCCAAGCGCCGCGGAGAAGAAGAACAGAAGGAAGACGUUUUUGGGGUUCGCCAUGACCAAGUCGUGA